AUGUCAACAAUGGCUUCUCCCCCAACAGCGCCAUCGCAGCAACUGUUAGAAAGAGCAUCUUCAAGACCAUCCUUGACUCCUUCAUCAUCUUCCACCGUUGAAGACUCGCAAGACUCACAAUUACAACUCAAUCAGGUCGCAUCGUCCAACGAAGAUACAGAGACUUUGAUCACUCCUAUCGACCCUCCUUUGUUGCAGGUUUCCAUUAAAAACGGCGCCAUUCCUAUCAAAAUCGAAUCGACCAUUGACGAAGCAUUAGAGCAUCCCAGUCCAGUGAAAGAAGUAAAGAAAGGAAGACUGAAUUUAAGUAAAUCGAUGCAGACUCUAAGGAAAAAGAAAGGCGGUGAGAAGGGCAGGGAGAGGGCAUCGAGCGUAAGCGAAAAGACCACUCCUGUCCCUUCUCUACCAACUGUAUCGGAGAAAGCAGCUGCCCCGCAAACCAAACCAUCUGCGCCGGCACCUGUGUUGGUCAGACCACCCAUGCCUACCAAACAGUCAUCAGGAUUCUCAUCUUUCCUCCGUAAACUCACUGGAAGGUCCGCUACAACUUCCCCCGCUGUUUCUGACAAAGCAAUAAAGGAGGACAAAUCAGCCACUUUGGCCAAAAGGAAGACUAUGGCAUUCAGCGGGUCGAACAAACCUACUUUAUCCAGAAUCGAUACUUCUAAGAAUGAUAGAGGACCAGUGUCGGCCAUAUCGAAAAUCAGUCAAGCUCCUUCCGAGAAACAGCUGGUCGACUCACCUCUACCUAUCACCCCUGUAGCUCCAGCGGUAAAGGAGACAGACCCUCUCAAGAUCCCUCUACCGCCUUCUCCCAUUUCCGAGUUCGUCCCUACUUUACCGCCUGGUGCUGCUCCUCCUAUCGAUUUUACCGCUUCCCCCGCACCUACUCCAGCUAAGCAGUCGACAGUGACCAAGAAGAAGGCAGAGGGCAUGUUGAGUCUUGAAGGAUUCGAGUUUGAUGAAGAAGAAGAUCAACCUGAACCUCCCAUCCUUGCUCCAGUGAUAGAUACCACUACUGCUUCUCCGAAGAAAGAAGAUACCGAAUCGCUUGAUGUUGUCAAGCCUCUUGCUCCUAUCAAAAUACCCGCUAGGAUCGACACCAACGGUCCAGCAUCAGCCAACAGUGUCAGAUCUUCCGUUCUGUCCUCUUCAGCAGAGACCAAGAUCGUCACACCCCUUGCGAACUCUUCGAGUCCUCCCAUUCCUGCACCUCAGGUACGUAAAGUGUCGCCUACAUCUUCCAACCCUCCUACUGGCCUUUCGCCAGAGAAGAUAUACGAAGGGAUCAAAUUGGCUGGAUCGAGUCCACCUCGAAAGGCACCUGUAGGAACUGGAUCAAUGGGUGAUCUGGGUAGGAAAGAAAGUAAAUGGAGGAAAUCAGUGAUGGGUCUAUCUGACAAAUCCAAAGCACCAGCAUCAAAGAGACAAUCAGCAUUCCCUCCUCCAACUUCCCACGACGCCUACCAAGCGCAACAAGCACGUAUAGCGAAGAAUCGACAGUCUUGCGCACCUACCUUACACUCUUCAGCUUCGAUAGCAGCUGCUGCAAGAGGUCAGAUGACGCAUAUGAAAUUGAGUAAAGAUGAACAGGAUAUGGCGGAGACUUUCUUCAUGUCUUAA